CCUAAACCCCCCUAGAAUUUCCUGGCGACUCCCAGCGCCAUGGAGAUAGCGCUGCCCAGGGACCUGGCGCAGGACGUUGGCCUGGCCGAGAGGAGGCACGGGGAGCUGUGCAGGCAGAAACGGAUCUUCAACGCCAGGAACAGGGUCAUCGGGGGAGACCCAGAAGCCUGGGAUGUUCAGGUUCACGACCAGAAGAUAAAAGAAGCAACUGAAAAAGCUAGACAUGAAACCUUCGCUGCUGAAAUGAGGCAAAAUGACAAAAUCAUGUGCAUAUUGGAAAACCGGGAAAGGAGAGACAGGAAAAAUCUCUGUAGAGCUAUCAACGACUUCCGGCAGCGCUUUCAGAAGCCAGAAACUUGCCGUGAAUUUGACUUGUCUGAUCCCCUAGCCCUUAAGAAAGAUCGUCCAGCCCGGCAGUCGGAUGAUGAUGUUCGGAACUCGGUAUCAGGAAUGCAGAAAUUCAUGGGCGAGGAUUUACACUCCCACCAGAGGAAGAGAUUCCAACAGGAACAAAACAGAGAAUGGUCCUUGCAGCAGCAAAGAGAAUGGCAGAACGCCCGUGCCAACCACAGAUUUGCAGAGGCCCUGCACACGCAGACGCGCCUGCAGCUCGACCACACGGCCCGGCACCUGCAGACGCUGGAGGGCUCCACCAGGAAGGCCGUGUGCGCGGCAGUGAAGGAGUUCAACAGGAACCAGGCUCUAGAGUCAGCAGCAAGGAGAAAGUGGGAGAAAAAACAGGAGCAAGAGGCCAACCUGACCGAGAUCUCCAGCCUGCUGCGCGGGGACCUGCUCUCGGAGAACCCACAGCAGGCGGCCAGCUCCUUCGGGCCCCACCGCGUGGUCCCCGACCGCUGGAAGGGCAUGAGCCAAGACCAGCUGGAGCAGACGCGCCUCGUUCAGAAGCAGCAAGGCCAGGAGAAGCUGAGGCUCCAGGAAGAGGAGCGCCAGCGAGACAUGGACUGGGACCGGCAGCGCAUCCAGAAGGCUCGGGCCACCCUGCUGUUUGAGCGGCAGCAGCAGCGGCAGCUUCGUGAGCUUCGGAGGGCACUGGACAACACCAACCACAUCUUGGCCCAGGAGCAGCAUCUGCGGAAAAACUACAUGAAAGAAGUCUAUACAAACAAUCCCACAGGAGACUAUUUCUCACAAUUUAAUACCAGCAGUCGAUAACGAAAAAGACACCCUCGUUCACCUCUGAAUGACUUAUGUGUAAAAUGGGGCAACCUUAAAGAGUCGUAUUUAUUAAAAAAAAAAAAGAAACGAAAAACGCAACUCCUUGGUUCAGAAGGAGCUAACUCGUUCACUUUGUGUUUCCGCCGUGGAGGGGACAUUCAUUAAACCUCUCGGUUGAGAUUCUAUGAGGAACGAUCGUUUCCAUUCAGUGAACGUCUCCAGCACACCUACUGCGCUCUGGGUGCCGCAGACAGGACGGAGCAGCCACGGCCCCACUAGGGUCAGUUACGGAGCGAAAGUGGCAUUUGAGCUGAGUCUGUGUCUUCCUUAGACUCCAGGUUCAACUGCUGCGAUAGCUAACAUUAUGAGUGCUAAAUAUGUGUUUGGUAAAGUAGAGGGUCCGUGAAAAAGAGGAAGACCCUCAAUGAGAUGGACUGACACAGUGGCUGCAACGAUGAGCUCAAACAUAACAAUUGUGAGGAUGGUGCAGGCUGGGUAGUGUUUCCUUCUGUCGUACAUGGGGUCACUAUGAGUCAGAACCAACUCGACAGCACCUAACAACAUCAACAAUAUGUGCAGGAGCCCUGGUGGCACAACAGUUAAGAGCUCUGCUGCUAAGCAACAGGUUAGCAGUUCGAAGCCACCAGCAGCUCCUUGGAAACCCUAUGGGGCAGUUCUACUCUGUCCUACAGCGUUGCUGUGAGUCGGAAUCAACCCGAUGGCAGCAGGCUUUUUGGUUUCAGUGUGUUCAAGGUGUCAUUCUUGCCUCUUGAAGUGGAAUUCACUGAUUUAAUUCUCACGUCAGCCAGCGAUGUUUUCGGAUAUUAGACCCUCACCAGAUAACGUGACUCCGGAAAAUUU